CUUUGACAAUCAUUGAUUGUUGACAGUUGGACAUUUAGUAGUUUGACAAUUUCAAUUUAGAGAAGUUUCACGAAAUCGUAUCAAAUUUUUAAUUUUCCUCAAAUACCUACUAUAACAUCUAAAAGUUAUAAUUAUUUGUAUUCAAAACAAUAAGUUGGAAAAGCACGUGUUUUAAUUUAUUGCGAUGGUUGUAUUCACGUGUGGUCAUUGCGGCGAAUCUGUGCAGAAACCUAAAGUUGAGAAACAUUAUAUGACAAUAUGCAGGAAUAGGAAUCCCAACUUGUCUUGCAUGGACUGUUUCAAAGACUUUCUGGGCCAGGAUUAUGAGUCUCACAUAAAAUGUAUCACAGAAGAGGAACGCUAUUCUGGAAAAGGAUUUGUUUCUAAAGAAAAAAAGGGGGAGAAGAAGCAAAAUGCAUGGGUAGAAAUGUUACAAUCUGUAUUAGAUGAACAAAAAAGUGCACCAAGAAAUGUACUAAGGAUUAUCGAAACCAUCAGCAAACACAAUAACACACCUCGCAAGAAACCCAAGUUUAUCAACUUUGUAAAGAAUGUUUGUGGGCAAAAAACAAACCCUAAGGACAUUGACCAAGCCUGGGACUUAAUAUCUGUAAAAUUAACUGCUUUAUCUAAUGCUAAUAAUAGAAAUCAAAAUCAAAAGAAAGAUGCAAAUGAAGAAGAGAAACUACAAAGUUCUACAGUUGAGGAAACUGAUGAGAAAUCUGAAGAGAAUGACUUAGAAAAUGACAAAGUUGAACCAAAUGGAGUAGGAGAAAAUGGUGCAGUGGAACAAAAUGGUGAAGCUGUACAGAAUGAGGAACAGGAAGAAGGUAACAAAAAGAAAUCUAAAAAGCAAAAAAAAGAAGAGAAGAAGCAUAAAAAAUAUGAAGCUGAACUGCAGAGUGCUGCAGCCCCACCACAAGAAGUAGAAGAAGAAGAAACUGAAACUAAGAAAGGUAAAAAGAAGAAGAACAGAACUGAAUCAGUCAAUGGGGAUGAAAAUGUUCAAGUUGAAGGUAAAAAUGGCAAAAACAAAAAACGCAAGAGACAAGAUACUGUAAAUAGUGUUAAUGGAGCACAAGAAGUUGCAGAAAAUGGAAUGGAGCAAGGAGAAGCAGCAGUUGCUACUGGAAAAACACAAAAGAAGAAGAGCAAGACUGCACAGGAAGAAGAAGAAGAAGCAGAAGAGAGUAUGUGUUUGCAUGACCAGAAUGUUGCCAAAAUAGGAGAAUUAGCUGUUAGUGAUAAAUUUAAUUGGCAUGCUGUUAUAAUAUCUGUAUUGCAAAAGAAAGGCAAUGAAUUACCAUUCAAAAGAUUGCAAAAGAAGGUUUUAGGGGAAUAUAGUGAAGCAACUGGCAGAGAAGUUGAUGACCGAAUUGCUGAUAAGUUUAUUAAGAAAUUGAAAAGUGCUCCUAAUGUGAGAGUUGACAAGAACAGAGUGCUUCUAAUUGACUAAAAGUUGUUAUACAAUAUUGUGUUGUCUUUAUAUACUGCCACACUUUGGAAGAAACUUGAUGAUUUGUUAUUGUUAUGACUGUAUGAGGUUGAGAUAUUACUGAGUAUUUACUACUAUAUUGACAGGUUUGACAUUGCAUAAUAUUGCAGCUAUUUAUAUGCCAUUGUAAAAGUGAAGCUGUUUCAUAAUAUUAAUUGGUUCUGCGAUAUUAGGUUUAAUGCAUUUGAUGUUUGAUAAAUAUGACCCAAGAUUUUAGCUGCCAAAGUGUGGAGCCAAAUUGAUAUAAUAGAUAUAAUACAAUUAAAUAAUAGUUUUUGAAGCAACUUGUUCAUGUACCACUGAUGUAGUUCCCAUAUUCUCUGUAUAUGGCAAUAAUAACGAUGUUCUUAACAUAAAAA